UCUCACCUAUGUAAUUGUCGUUGGAAAGAUCGAGGGUUAUGCGCUUUGAGAUUAAUCGCACUAGUAUACUAAUGCUUUAAAUGCAGUGAACUGAUUCACCGGGUAUCAAACUGCAUACUCUCUCGCUAUGGUUCACAUUAAAAGUUUUAAUGCACAUGAGCGCCCACCAGAGGCCAUCCGUCAACGCUACAAAGAAAUUCAAAAAGCGACACUUUCGGAGAUAGCCUUGGACAAUAGGAUUAUCGAUCUCCAGGCUCUAAACCCCGAUAAGCUUCAGGGUGGCAUAUCUCUUGCGCAACGGCUGUCGGUUGAGCAUAUCCAGCCGAUAUACCAGCAAUUUGUACGUUCAUUCAAAAAAAGUCAAGAGGAUGGAGAUACGCCUAAUAAGGAUAUACCAGUUUACACCCAUCGGUCCGUCUCUGGUUUGCAAAUGGUCCCAUCAUUGCUCCCUCCAGGGGUGCAGAUAGAACUUUUGUCUCGAUUAUUACACAGAGAUCUGUCUAAUACAGAGCAUCAAACCAACCUUCAUCUACAUUACAAUAUGACUUACCCUGGUCAAGCGGAAGAUACGCUUGCUGAAUGUGACGCAACGUUGUCGUCGGCUAGUAAUAUCUCAAAGAGAGCUGGUAUCCUGUCGUUCUUUGAAGAUAACCCGACUCGUGCCAUAUACCCGAAAGACCCAAACGUACAUAAACCGUUGACCGUUCAACAAAUCUUAAACAAGAAGCUCCGAUGGGCAACUUUAGGCGGCCAGUACAAUUGGACUACCAAACAAUAUCCGACUGAACGCCCACCGGCAUUCCCGGAGGAUGUUGCAAAUGUGUUGCAAGCAGCAUUUCCACAAACGGAAGCUCAGGCAGCCAUAUUGAAUCUUUAUUCCCCUGGGGAUACUCUGAGCCCCCAUCGGGAUGUCAGUGAAGAGUGUGAUGUUGGCUUAAUUAGUGUUAGCUUCGGCUGUGACGGCCUGUUUCUCAUCAGCCAUGAUGAUGGGGAGGGCUGUGAAAUUGUCCGACUUCGCUCUGGGGAUGCUGUUUACAUGGACGGCACGUCGCGCUUUGCAUGGCAUGCUGUGCCCAAGAUCGUCCCAGGAACAUGUCCGGAAUGGCUGGCCGAUUGGCCAUCGCGUGCGGUUGAUGACGCAGACACUUCAAGAUACGACAGGUGGAAGGGCUGGAUGUCGGGCAAAAGAGUCAAUCUAAAUGUCCGACAAAUGACGGUCACGGAUACUCACAGUUGAACUUUGCCAUAAAUUGAUAUGGCACAGGAGCAGAGGAAACAUUGUCAGCAUACCCCAACCACAAACAAAAUAUACAUAGAAUUCUCCACUGUAGAUA